AGGCGCGAAAUUUAGCGCCACUUCGCGAAACUAGUAACAUUUUGUUUUUACACCACCGAUUAUUUUACUAUUGGUAUCACUAGCUGUCAGCUACGGGUGAGAUUUACUGUAUCCUAACAUUCAUAACAAAUAAUGACCUUGCAACGUAAUUCCAAUAAAUACGUGCGGUCAAAUAUUUUACCAAUAACCCAUUUGGACAACUAUUUAAAAAUUAACUUCCAUUUAAACUUUUACUUGUCCUAAACCUGCGCGGACAAUUGUCAGCGUAAAACUGUUGCUUCUGAAAUAAUUAAAUAUCCACUUUUGAGGUUAUGUUUACAAAAAAUAGUCGGUCUGAGAAUUUGGAUUCUUUAUUAAAGCUUGGGCAAAACAAAAUGUCCAUUCUCGAAUAUUCAGAGAAUUUUACCGCUGUGAAACCCUUGUUCAACAGUGUCCACAAAUGCGAAGUUUGUCCGUAUUUCACGUCGUCGUUUUUUCUCUUGGUGGAUCAUUCCAGGAACCACUGCUCCUCCUCGACACCUUUUGACUGUGAGAACACAAACAUCGAAACUUAUUACUGCAAAGACUGUGAUUUUCAAACAGAACUAACAAUUGUUUUCAAGCAGCACAUCCAAAAAUGGCAUAGUGUUAAAAAGGAAAUUGAAGAAGACCUACCAGACGUCGAAUAUACAAUUAAAAACUAUAUUUGUGAAAAAUGUGGCUUCGAAACACAUUUCUUAUUAAAAUGGUUACGACACACUGCAGUAUGUUCUGGAGAUAAAACAAACUUUCAUAUAAAUUCCCACGAUUUCGACCAACAACUAAUAAAGUGGCGUGAGUGCAAAAUGUGCCCAUACAGGUCCAAGUUUAAUUAUAUGUUGAAAAAACACAUAAAUGCACAUCAUCUGGAUGAGCAAGACAUUCAGUGGUAUAAAUGUGAGAAGUGUUCGUACAAAGCGAAAGGACCUGAAGGUGUAAGACAGCAUACGAACGCGCACCAUAACAUUAAGUGGUAUAAAUGUGAGAAAUGUCCUUUUAAAACCAAGUGGAACGGUAAUUUAAAAUAUCACAUAAACGCACAGCAUUUAGAUGAACAUGAAGCCAAAUGGUACGAAUGCAAAGUUUGCCCUUUUAAAACUAAAAAAAGAUCGUCACUUUGUGAUCAUACUAAACGACAUACUUUAACUGACGAAGAUAUUAAAUGGUAUGAAUGUGAAAAAUGCUCAUUCAAGGCUAAAUCAAAAGCUAAUAUAAAAAAGCACAUGAUUGCGCGGCAUUUAGACGAACAGGACAUUAAAUGGCAUGAAUGCCAAAUGUGUCCAUACAGAGCUAAAUAUAACUAUUUAUUAAAAGAUCACAUAAAUGCUCAUCAUCUGGAUGAAGAAAAUAUUAAAUGGUAUAAAUGUGAGAAGUGCUCUUACAAAGCUAAAGGUACAGCGGCUUUAAGAGGUCACAUGAAGAGGAAACACUGGAAUGACAAGGAUUUUAAAUGGUUUGAGUGCCAAAAAUGCCCAUAUAAAACCAAAUAUAACCGUAAUUUGAAAAGUCACAUAAAUGCCUACCAUUUAGGUGAAAAUGAAAUUCAGUGGUUCAAAUGCACGAGUUGCCCAUUUAAAACUAAAAAAAAAUCAUCAUUGAAAAAUCAUAACAUAACUCGUCAUUUAGACGAAAAUGAAAUUCAAUGGUAUGAAUGCAAAGAUUGUUCAUUUAGAACUAAGAUAAAAUUGUCGCUAAAUGAUCAUAACAGAACACAUCAUUUGGAUGAAAAUGGUAUCAAUUCCUUGAUAUGUGAAAAAUGUUUGUUUAAAGCUAAAUCAAGAGCUAGCUUGAAAAAGCACAUAUUUGCUCGUCAUUUAGAUGAACAGGAGAUUAAAUGGCACGUAUGCAAAAUGUGUCCAUAUAAAGCUAAGUAUAACUACAUGCUAAAAAACCACAUAAAUGCGCACCACUUAGAUGAGCAACAUAUCAAGUGGUAUGAAUGUGAUAAGUGCCCAUACAAAGCUAAAGGACCAGAAGCUUUAAGAGGACACAUAAAAAGAAACCACGUCGAUGAAAAAUCGGCAAGCCAACUAAAUGAGCAAGAAAUCAAAUGGUAUGAAUGCGAAAAAUGCUCACACAAAACUAAAAAAAAAUCAAAUCUAAGAAAACACAUAUAUUCGCAGCACUUAGACGAACAGGAUAUUAAAUGGUAUGAAUGCGAAAAGUGUCCAUAUAAAUCAAAAUUCAACUACAUGUUAAAAUACCACAUAAAUGCACACCAUUUAGAUGAACAGGACAUUCAGUGGUACAAAUGUGAGAAAUGCCCAUACAAGGCUAAAGGAUCAGUAACUUUAAGAAGGCACAUAAAGUCGAACCAUUGGGAUGAAAAGGAUAUUAAAUGGUACGAAUGUGAUCAGUGCUCGUAUAAAACCAAAUACAACCGUAAUUUAAAAAAUCACGUAAAUGCGCGGCAUUUGGAUGAUAAUGAAAUUAAUUGGUACGAGUGCGAAAACUGUCCAUUUAAAACAAAAAAGAAGUCGUCGUUGCGCGAUCAUAACAAAAAACGUCAUGUGGAUGAUAAAAAUAUCACAGAAGGAACGUGAAACGCAAAAUUUUUCUACCAUUCUAUAUUUAAGAGAAUGAAU